AUGGCGACGCGCCCUCUCACGGCCGCUGUUCCUGGCGAGCGGGCGCUAGUCCCGUUUCCUGGAUGCGACGGUGCUCGGGCGGCUCGAGGGGAAAAUAAAAAUGUGUGUAUGGCGGAGCGUUCGGGCGGCUGCUACGAGCGCAUGCCGCUCGAUAGCCGGGCGCGUGCGCGAGGCGCGCGUGACGUCACUCCCCGCGCCGGCUCCCUACACCUCUCAAUGGACCGUCGACUCGACGCACACACCGUCACCCCAAUGACAGCGCCACUUGGACUCUUUCUAAUUAAUGGCCCCCUUCGAGUGGCCCUCCGCGAACGAGAGCGGCACAUAUCAGUGCUCGUGAUUGUUUCAGAUAAAACCUGUGCACUAAUUAAUCAUUGUUUGCAAUCAUCAAAUCGAUAUGCUAUUACAAUUUUUUCCUACUACGAGAAAUAUUUUAAUUUGAUGAAAUUCAAAUUC